AUGAGGGACGAACUGCUGGCCGGUGUAGAAUACAUCAAGACUCUUGCAAACAGAUUCCAGAAUCUGGAUCCUGCCAUGGUUGACUUGUUUGGGGAAAAACUAGCAGAGAGACUUUGUCAAAAAUAUACUGGGCACUGGUAUCCCGAGAAGCCCAUGAAAGGACAAGCCUACAGGUGCAUCAGGAUCAACAGACAUGACAGGGAUGAGAGCAUCUUGGAAGCAUGUGCCCAUAGUGGCCUAAAAUAUCAUGAAUUGACCCUGCCCAAGGAGAUGACCUUGUGGAUUGACCCUUUUGAAGUCUCCUGCCGGUUAAGAGAAGAGAGUAAUCCGUACACAGUGGCCAGGUUCGAUCCGAGGACUCCUCACCUUCCAGAUCCUUCUUCUAGAGUUCCCAACUCUAGUUAUGCUGAUUGCUCCACACCCACACCAGAAGAAGACAGUUCAAUAGGCAGCUCAUCACUCCCAUCAUCUCCAAGUCUUAAUGGUGAGGACAGUGACAGUGGGAUAGAUGUCAACUGUGAUAGAACUACUACCCCUCCAAUGUCAUGUAGUCCAACAGAGGAGCAUAUCUGGAGGAACCCAGCAGUAAAUCAGGACUCCAUAUUCAGAAUGUCGUCCCCUCUCUGGAUUCCAGCAUGGAGUGCUCCCCAGUUCUGCCACCCAGACCCCCAGCAGUUUCACUGGUUGUAG